CCACCCUCGCCCGCUCGCCCCCCCUCCACCACUCCUCCUCCACCUUCCUCACCUUUGCCGUCUCCUUCCUGCCGCCGUCCCAUGUAACCACAGAAGCGGCCCUCGCAAAGGAGGCGAAACGCAUCGUCAGAGAGCUCGACGUCGUGCGCCGCGCAGGGCCAGAGCUGAUGGCGGCGGGAGAGGGUGCCUUUCAGGCAGGCGACGGUCGAGCCCCUGGACGUGCUCCUGGAAACGAGAGAGCAAGGGAACCGGAUCAUAGAAUGUGGGCAUGCAGGGCACUGUGUCUCAAAGAGGGCAAAAAUGGUACGGAAGGGGAAGAGGCUUUCCAGCUCGUGGAAUGUUUCAGCGAUGAUGGUGAAAAGUUUGGCGGCGAACGUGUACUAAAAGUCCUUCGAGAACAGAAUGCAGUGGAUGUUUUGUCAGUGUGUUGUCGAUGGUAUGGUGGGGAUAUGAUUGGUCCCAUACGAUUUCAGCACAUUGCUACAACCGUCCAAACGUCCUUAAAGUCGCUUAUCAAACUCGUUCAGCUACGAGAUUUGCGCCAAGCGCUUGACGCUUUGGACGAAGAGAUUGCGUCUUUGCGCGCCAGAUCAACAGACCUCGGAUCAUCCCAGACUGGACCUAGUCCGUCCAUGGUAUCCAGAAACGACAACAAAGACAGCAGACAGGGCAAAUACGAUUCAAUUCAAGACGUAACCAAGCUCCAACGGCUCGUCAGUGCUAAAGAAAAGACUGUAGCUGUUCUUCUUAAGAAGCAAAACUCUACAUCGGCAUAGUCUAUUCCGCAAUGCUUUCUCAAACGAUUGUACUUGUCAAAGGAAUUCUCGAUGGCACCUUUUCAAUUGCCCAUACGUUCUCCACCCUCAUCCAAUCAGCCAAAGCCAGACCUCGUUAACUUUUGCCUCGGGCAGCUUGGUCUCCUCAAAAAAAAAGAAAGAAAAAAAACCUCCCGAAGCUCAGCCUUGAGCGACCGGUGGCCUGCGGUAGUGGCAGCCUCGAGGCAGUGGACACUGUGAUGUCCAAUCGCGUACCCUCUCGCGGGCUCUGAACCAGCUCGAUCCGUCCUUUGCGGUGAAUGAUGGAAGGAGGAAAAAACCUGAUGGUUGCGGCAAGUCCCAACGCUAGAUGUAUAUUCGUCCAGAUACCGUCUCAUUCACUUGUUGUAACAAUGAGUCACUGAAUAAUUAAUCAAAAACGCUUCAUUCGCCUGAAGCUACUUUUCCCUGCCAUCACCGCUGCUCUCUGCGAAUUGUUCCUCUUGGCGUAUUGUCCAUCUACAAAAUAAAAAUGGGACGAGAACGGCGAUUGACUAUGUGGACCCUAAUGCAGAUAUACCAUAGCCUAGAAUCUUACAAUGCUAUCUUAAAACGUUAUAGGUAUCGUAAAGUACAUACAUUUAUCUAUACCCUUUACACCUCCAGAAUCUUGGAGGAAACAUAAGAUCAACUAGUUGUACCAAGGGAUGUCAAAUCACAUUGGCC